AAACAGUCAAUGGGUGAAACCAACUCGGUGAUGCAACCUGAGCCCGGAGUGUCUUUACUCGCGUUGGAGGUGGUCUGUGUGGCCGGUUCUUCUCCUGUAUUUAUUGAAGGACUCCGGGAUCUUGGAUCUGCACUGAAGAGUAUCUGACACUUGUGCCCAUGCUCCAUUUCCACACUUCAGCUGCCAAUAACCACUCAAGAGGAAGAAGAUGAUUUUCACAGGCGGUUUAAUUCUGUCACCACAAAGAUCGUGCAAAAACCUCUCGAAGAUGUGUCUUCAAAUCUGCAUAUGGCUUUUUUUGGCGCUCACUCCGAUAGUUGACGCUCUGGACUACAAAAACAUCAUGUCUUCACUUGGCCAGCAGGUCAUUCUGCCAUGUAAUGCUCCUGAAAAUAUGGAAGUCCUCGCCAUGCAGUGGUCCAGAUGUGGUCUGGAAGAAUACGUGCUGCACUAUCGUGAUGACCAACUUGAUCCAGAUGGCCAGGAUCCGUCUUAUAUGGGCCGGGUAAACCUGACCAAUACCCACAUGCAGAAUGGAAAUCUCUCAAUGAUACUGAUGAACAUGACGACUGCUGACAUUGGAACAUACGAGUGUAUAGCCUUCCAGAGAACCUCAGGGAUGGGCCGUGUAGUCCUCAGCAUCAUAAACCUGAAUGCCAGUCAGUCAGAUGAAGGAAGCAGGAAUGAAGUCAGCAGUGGCGCAGCUACAGGAAGAAACCAUCUUGGUCUCAUUGUGUCACUGUCAGUUAUUGCAGGGAUCAUUCUGGUGGUUGGUAUUCUCUAUAUUAGGUACCAAAGAUGCAAUGGAUCCUUAGCUUCCACCCCAAUAUGAAAUGACAUCAACAUCUCAGCAUGUCUAAAUUAGAAAGACCCUCAAAUUUAUUCCAAACAUCUAAAACUUAAAAUGACAGUUAAAAGCUGAGGUGGGAUUUUUAAGAGAUUUCUAUGCACUAUUUACCACUAAGAGCGCUGUGGAGCCCAUCGAGAAUGAAACUUCAACUUUGGUUAAAAAAAAAAUUAGCAAAAGAAUUUAUAUUUCAUAACGAAGUCGACAGAGCAAACAUUAUGGCGCACAACAAGUUCAUGCAUCAAAUUUGGAACAAGUCCAAAUUAAGUUUCUUUCAAAGCUUUACUUCAAAAUAUGAACUUAACAAGUCAUACACUAAAUGUGUAAACCUUAUGCAAAAGUAUUUAUUAUAAUGCACUGAAACGUUUUCUUAUUUAUUUAUUCAUUUGGUUUUUAGUAUAAAGGUGCUUUUAAAACUCCUAAAUGAAAAAAAAGACAGAAUUUUGUGUGUUUUACAUCCAAGCACAACUUUCCUGAAAAGAGAAUUUUUUUUUAUUGAAGUUACUUUCUGCCAGUAUUAUGUUUUCAUGUUUGCAGAUGCAUUUUGUCUUUAGGUUGUUCUAGUUGCCAAAAAACAACACUGUUGUGGUGCUAAGAGGGAAAAGUCCCGUAAAUUGUUUAGUAAAAUUUAGAUUAUGAGGGACUUUUGCUGCCACCGUCUUGGUGUUUUCAAACUGGACAUGACAACGAGGGAUGGAUCUCUCUGAGAAACCGAGUUUACUUACAGGGUACCCACAUGCUUAAGUAUUACCCUGCUUCAUCUCCCUUAUGACUCUCAUGGGGAUCAUGUUUUACAAAGUGAGCAUCAUGUUUAUUUCAAAAGACUAGAAAACGGUGACUGACAGCAUGAACUCGUCUGGGAGAUGUUUACAGAGUUCACAAAGUAAAUUGCCAGUCGCCCCCAAGCUGUUCAAGUAUUUAAGCAUUACUGUAUUUUCACUAAAGCACUGCAUUAUACUGAAUAAUAGAAGCCUUUAACAUUGAGUAGCAUUCCAGAUAUAGUUAUGUAUUGUGAUAAAUACUGUAUGGUAGACAAUGUGCCCAUUAAGCAUUAGGGCACUUUAUUAGAUACUUUAUCAAGGUGUUGAAAGUUGAAUGUGAAGGAUCAUAGUCACCAGCUACCAGCUGCUUAUCACUAAAGGAAAGAAAAGUGAUUCGCGCCUUAUGUUUUUAUCUUCUGUCGUUUUCUGCUUCAUGGCCCGAUUACAGUGAAUUUAUGGGACCAUAUUGUAUGUUUUUUGUGACUCAUGAAGAAAUGCAUUAGGCACAUACAGAGUAUACAUUUUUGUAGCAAUAAUAACUGGCCUUUAACUGUUGAAAUGGAUGUUUUCAGGUACAUGAUCACAUGAUGACAGUUUCAUGUCUUUCAAUGUGCUUUCCUAUGUUACAGUAUUUAACAUUGUUUUGUUUUUGUUUUUAAUUCCUUGGUCCAAAAAUGUUUGGGUUUAGUAUUUCACAAAGGACAAAGCAUCCAUACUUUUUACUGUGAUGAUGACAUGAUGACCACUAAAGCCUUGAAACAAACUUUGAAUAUUUUUCUUACUUUGUGAGUCUCUAUAUUGCUAUGAGCUGUGCUUUUUUUUGACAAAGGAACAUUCCAAGUGCCAUCCUUUGUUUUGUAUGUUCUGUACAUGCUCUGUACAAUCAUGACCCUGAGACCAAUAAAGAUCUAUUUAUUCUUUCA